AUGACGUGCGAAACUACAAUCUCGCCCCUCUUACCCUCCUAUGACCCUUUGAGUCGAUAUGCCCCCUAUAACUCGUCUAUAUCCUCCUCGGCUUCGGCCUCUGCCUCCUCGGUGUGGUCCGGAUCCGACACUGCCUCCCAAACCUCGGACGAUGCCUCUGGCUCUAUCUCAUCCGACAACGACUCAUGCACCUCGUACUUUUCCUCUCAGGCGUCCUCGACAACCACUCGUCGACCUGACCUUACCAAGCAACGUCAGCAGCAACAACAGGUUGUCCCUGUUGAGUUGCGCCAAAACCCUAGACGCACCGCUGCGGCGGCUGGUGGCGCGGGAUGCCCCCCACCAUCACUUGUUCGGCAGUCGGAUCGCAAAGUGAACUUCGUCGAUAGCCUUGUCGGUACGUGCCUCUCACUGACACAGCCCUUGAAGCCAAAACUCCCGUGCUUAGCCUUUAUGUUUCCAGACUCGUCCACCCAGAUUGUUGAAGCCAUCUGGCCUCUCUCUUCCGCUCCGUGCCGCCCGGAGCCUGGCAACAGGACCGUGCUGCCGCUGCGCACCUUUAUCCAAGAGACGCUUCGGCGCUCGCGCACGAGCUACUCGACCCUGCAAGUCGCGCUGUAUUAUCUCAUCCUCAUCAAGCCUCACGUUCCCAAGCGUAGCUUUACUACGGAGCAGUACGAGGACCGCUUCGCCGACCGGGCUCUUCAGUGCGGCCGGCGCAUGUUCCUCGCGGCCCUGAUCCUUGCUUCCAAGUAUCUUCAGGACCGCAACUACUCUGCACGUGCCUGGAGCAAGAUCUCUGGCCUCAAUGUCCAGGAGAUCAACCAGAACGAGGUCGCUUUUCUUCUCGCUGUCAACUGGAAGCUACACAUCACUGAUGAGGUUUUCCGACGAUGGACCGAAAUUGUUCUCAAACAUACUCCUCCCCCACCCCCGCCGUCGCCCGGUGCCGUCUCACAGACUUUGGCUCAGCAAACGUCGGAGUGGAAGCAAGUCAUCCUGGGACUGAACCCGGACCUGACCAACAUCGAGGGACUCAUUCCCGCCCUCCGCAUGCCUGCGAGAUCCAGUGAUCUCUGCGCCCUAUCACCUCGUAGUAUUCUCAACCUCCCCACGGAGCAGCGACGUGUGCCCACCCUGGCUUCGACCGCGGCCGAGGAAGAGACUUGCGAUCCCAAGUUUCUCACCAAGUAUCUGCCUACUCCCUUGGAGCCAACCCCCACGAUUUUUACGGCCACUCCCGGCCGAAUGGCCCCUGCAAUGGGUCUUCUUCCGACCCCGCGCCUGACACCGCAAGCAAGUGGCAUCUGCACUCCCGCAGUGAGUGCUGCAUCACACCUUCUCGGUAAAAGCAACGCAAUGUGCCUGGCCAUGGCCCAAGCCGGCAGCAUCAACACCGCUCAGCACCUGGAGCGCUUUCCCGCGACCCUGUCGGCAUCCCCCCAGAACUACUGCCCCGCUCGCCGUUCUUCUCUUGCCAACUCAAUCUCGACCAUGUCCUCUCCCGAAUCGAUGGUUUCGGAUCUUUCGCACACCUCUCGCUCGUCCUCCGUUUCGUCUGCCUCGUCUUUCGCUAGCGCGACCCUCAACAGCUCGUUGACGGCUCAGUCGCGAUUCCGAUCGAUGAAGGCGAUGAAUGAGAGAUCGUACUUGAGGUCGACAGUCCCCACCGUCUCGGAGAGCUACGAAGAGUAUGGUUUCACGUCGUCUCCCGAAUCGUACACCGGCCCGGUUGCGAAGAUUGGGAGCCUCGCUCUGGAAACCCCCCUGGCAAGACAGCAACGCGAGCUGGAAGGAAUGUCCCGGGAUCCCGACUCGGAUGCCGCACGUGCUCUCCAGCACCUGCACAGCCAGAGCAUCCGCGGUGUUGACUUCAAGCCCACGGCGCCCAUCGCGGCCAAGGCUGGCAUCAAGCGUAGCCGAACCGCAUCAGUGGACCAGCCCCUGCAGGAUCACGUACGGGAGAUGCUCUACCCACACGGCGCCGGGAGCGCUCCCUGGCCCAUUGCGCGCUCGCGAGGACUCGACGGAACGGAGCCCUACUUGCAGGUACCCGUUCGCCCCAGCCCAGGAGAAACAAGGAAGAGGCUUUGUUGCUCCGCUCAAGCGGCCAGUGGCUAUCAGGCAGCAACGAGCGCAUUUCGCCCACGAGAGCCAAGCUUUUGGGGCAUCCUUAACUGA